AAGCUGAUUGGCUGAAUGUCUGUGACCUCAUCCGCCCCAUUCGCAUUUCCGUUUUCCUUUACCUUCAGCUAAGCUAUACUGUUAGCUUUGUCUUUUUUUUGAAGAUGACAGAACAAAAACCAAAGAAUAUUAGCUCCAUACCCAUCGACGGAUUUAGUAAUUUAAGAAUAACGUCGAUAUGGACGUUUCUAAUGUCGGUGCAGUGGUCGGAACCAUGGCUAAUCGGGCUCAUAGUAUUUCAUGUGGUGUGUUUGUUCCUGACUGUAGUAACCUGCAGGUUUUACAGAGCUCAGAUCUGCCACUUCCUGGUCAUCGUUGUCCUGGUUUAUAGUGCUGAGUAUCUAAAUGAGCUGGCAGCGAUGAACUGGAGGUCUUUUUCUAAUUUUCAGUAUUUUGACUCCAAGGGAAUGUUCAUAUCACUGGUUUACUCAAUUCCCCUCCUUCUCAAUGCAGUCAUCAUCGUGAUGGUGUGGGUUUACAGGACCUUUUCCACCAUGACUGAACUCAAGACGCUUCAGCUGAAGAGAAGGGCCCGUCGAGAGAAGAGAGAGAAAAACGACUGAUCCUUUUCCCUAUGUCCGUACAUGGCCUUCACUGGGAGAAUUGAGAAUCUCUCCCCUGCUAAUCCUGAAUUUUGGGAAAGGAAAACAGAUUUGCUCUUGUGACUUUAAAAGGACUACUUUCUUUCAGGGUAGAAGUCUCACUUAACUUUUUUUUUUUUAGCAGUUAUUCAAUGGGAUUUAUGUUGACCAAAAUAUAUUAUUGUUUUCUAUUUCUAUUGUCUCAAAGUGUUACAAUGAAAUAUAAAGAACAUUUUUCUAAA